GGAACUCUGGUCAGACGGAGUAGGAACCUUGUGCAAGGUAGAGCUUUGCCCAACCGUCAUCUGUUACGCCGUGAAAAAGUUAAAAGGCAGAAAGAAAAAAAGAAAUAUAUUGAAACCUAAAAAGCAAAGAAAUUUGGUUGUUUACGCUAGUGGUUUCUUAAGUGACGAGUGGCGGCGAUCAUGCCGCCGAUGACCGUGUUCUGUGAUUAAAGAACAAAAAAAAAAAAAAAAACAAAAAACUCAGACAUUUGGGCGUUUUUUAAAUAUCGACUGCCGUCGAUUUCAUCAAUAACGAUGCGCCCUAACGAGAAGCUGAUGGCCAUUUCGGCCGCAGCUUGUCUACUAGCGCUCGUCUGUUUGCCUACCAGUGACGCGGCCGCUUGUAAAGGUUGUGUUGCUAACACACGGUGCCAAUGCGUGGCGGAAAAGGGAUUUCCCGGCGAAACGGGAUUACCUGGUUUGCGAGGAUCUCAAGGUAUUCCCGGUGAUAUCGGACCGGAAGGUCCUCCCGGACCGUUUGGACCGAAUGGUGACGUAGGCUCCUAUGGAGGCAUGGGCGAGAAAGGCCACAGGGGUGAUCCAGGAGUUCCAGGCAUUACGGGUUUUGGAGGCAUCAACGGUUUACCCGGCUUAGAAGGCCCAGUCGGCACUCCCGGCAUGAACGGUUGCAAUGGAACAGAUGGACUUCCGGGUCUACUUGGCAUGAAAGGAUUUCCUGGUGGACGAGGACCUAUGGGUCCGCCAGGUGAUCUUGGCCCACGCGGAGAUGCUGGCGAAGGUGGAAUCAAUUCACCGGGAACUAAAGGAGAGCGCGGCGAACCAGGCAGAGGAGGACUACCAGGAUUUGAUGGACUCCCUGGCACUAAUGGCUACGCCGGUGAGAGAGGUGACGCUGGCGAUCCGGGUCUCUAUGGGCUUGCUGGCGUUAAGGGUGAACGAGGUCAACCGGGUGACGAUAAGGUACUGAGCAAAGGAAUGAAGGGAGACCAGGGAGACAAGGGUUUACCAGGUGAAUUGUCAUUCACCGAAACGCCUGGAAUCAUAGCCGGUGCCCUUGGAGCCAAAGGAGAACCCGGUAUGAAAGGCGAUGAAGGACCAGCCGGUCCAGAUGGACCAAAAGGACCCCAGGGGUAUCCUGGUCCUUUCGGCCAUAAAGGUUACAAGGGCGACUAUGGAAUGGACGGUCCUCGUGGCAAACAAGGCAAACCUGGCAACUCGGGUCCUCCUGGUAUGAAAGGUGGCAAAGGAGCACCAGGUUAUGCAGCAAGACCUGGAUUAGAUGGCGUUAAGGGAAUUCCUGGAGAUUCAGGAAUACCCGGCAUUCCUGGUCUGCAAGGUCCAGCCGGUCCAGCUGGAGUUUAUGAUCCCAAUCUUGACGAAGAAGGCCGCCCGGGAGCAGAAGGAAUUCAGGGUCCUACAGGCCCCCAAGGAAGUCCUGGUCGUAACGGACAGCCAGGUCGCCAAGGCAAUUAUGGAAUGCGAGGAUCUCCAGGAGAACCUGGUGUUGAUGGACGACCGGGAGAAGUCGGCCGUAAAGGAAUCACGAUUAAGGGAGAGCCGGGCAACGAUGGUGCACCUGGAACACCUGGAUAUCCUGGAUUACCUGGAACUCCUGGUUCACCGGGAUUUGCAGGCCGCAAAGGUCAACCAGGCGCUACCGUUGUUGGUCCUCCAGGACCUGAUGGCCUGCUCGGCAGGGAUGGUCACGAUGGUUUACCCGGAGAAAGAGGAGAUCCCGGCCUAGAGGGUCUUAAGGGCUUCCCUGGGCAGGGGGUAAAUUUCCAAGGACCUAAAGGAGCUCCUGGGUUGCCUGGCAUGCCUGGCGAUCAUGGUUUUCCCGGUACAGAUGGACUGGACGGCUUGCCAGGACUUAAGGGUCUGUCUGGUGAUGCAUGUGGCACGUGCCCACCUGGCGCAAACGGGGCAAAAGGAGAUAGCGGUGAAAAUGGUUUACCCGGAUUGGUUGGAUCUAUCGGUCCUCAAGGACUACCUGGUCCAAGAGGGUUAAAGGGUGAUCGUGGCCGAACGGGAGGGCCGGGUUACCCUGGUCUUGACGGAAGACCGGGAGCAGCAGGUUUGGCUGGACGCCAGGGCGAGCAAGGUGACAAGGGUGAGCUUGUCUACCCCCCAGACAUCAAAGGCUACCGAGGAAGUGUAGGAGACAAAGGAUUUCCCGGAUACGAAGGCCCUAUUGGACCCGUAGGUCCAUCUGGUCCCCCUGGCUUGGACGGUUUGAUCGGGAUUAAGGGCGAGAAAGGCGCCGAUGGAGACGGCGGACCACCCGGCCGAGACGGACAACCGGGUCGAAAUGGACUACCGGGUCGAAGAGGAGAAGAUGCUCGUCGUGAAGAUGCCAUUCCCGGAGAUAAUGGACGUGAUGGUUUCGCUGGCUUACGUGGUGAAUCUGGAAUGCCUGGUCUAAAGGGUGAAAGUGGUGACGCCGGAGAUCACACUUUGGUUGGGCAACCAGGUGUAAUUGGAGAAUGGGGAGAUCAAGGUUUCCAGGGAGACAAAGGAAUGUUUGGUGAUUUCGGUCGAGCUGGAGAAAGAGGACGCAAAGGAGAUCGCGGAUUGGAAGGCAUUUCCUUAGCUGGUGAACCUGGUCUGAAGGGCUAUCCUGGAAUGCCAGGUGAUCAAGGCCUACGUGGCAAGCCUGGACGUCCUGGUCCUCCUGGCAUUGACGGAAAUUUUGGAAUAUCUGGGCGCAAAGGCGAUCGCGGUGACCCUGGUCUCGACAUCUAUGAUGGGCCGCCAGGUUUAUCUGGAUUAAGAGGACCUAAAGGAGAGCCUGGAUAUGAAGGAAUACCUGGUGCUCGUGGAAGACCAGGUGAUCAGGGACUCGUCGGACUUCGAGGACCUAAAGGAGCCCCGGGUAUCGCUGGGCUAUCGGGUACCAAGGGUUCAAAAGGCGACAGAGGAAGCUCCGUCAUGGGUGUCAUGGGUCGACCUGGAGCUCCUGGGCCGCCUGGCUUACCUGGCAUUUUCGGUGACACCGGUCUGCCUGGUAUUGAUGGAUUCCCAGGACCGCAAGGAUUGAAAGGCCUUCGAGGUGAAUCGGGAAUUACUGGACGUCAAGGCGUGGAAGGAGACCGAGGAAAGCCUGGGUUGCCGGGAGUUGAUGGAUACCCAGGAGUUAAGGGUAUGACCGGUGAUGUGGGCCUAGCAGGCUCUAACGGUUUCCCGGGAAGCCCUGGCUUGCCAGGACUUUCAGGAUUGGAAGGGGACAAGGGAAUGGCUGGAGAUGACGGGUACCCUGGUUUGGAUGGAUUUAAUGGAUCACCGGGAAGAAAGGGUCCCACCGGUGACAGAGGACAACCAGGACUGCCUGGCAUGCCUGGCGAAUCGGGUUUCAGUGGCCCUAAAGGAGACGAAGGAGAGGCAGGUUAUUAUGGCCCACCUGGCCAACCAGGAACGAAUGGUUUCCAUGGGUUGAAGGGCGAUAAGGGUAAUGCUGGCGACAACAUCCCAGGCCAAAACGGCGACAAAGGAUUACGAGGAGACCAAGGAAUACCAGGCAUACCUGGCCGAGACGGACUCAUGGGUGAACCUGGUCUACCGGGCGCGCAAGGCUCUAGAGGAUCUAAAGGAGAUGUUGGCGAACCGGGUUUUGUUGGCAUUCCGGGAAGACCUGGUCUUGACGGACUUAAAGGACCACCAGGAAGUCCAGCAGAGCCUGCGCCUCCUGGAGCAAAGGGAAUGGCUGGUGAGGAUGGAGAGCCGGGCAGAUUUGGACGACCUGGUCUCCCAGGUGACAGUGGACUACGUGGCCGACCAGGCUUGCCCGGCUUACAAGGUCUCAAAGGAGAAAUUGGCGACCGAGGUUUGCCUGGCUUCAACGCCAUCAUCGGACCACAAGGACAGAGCGGCGAAAGAGGCUCUCCUGGCUUACCUGGUUUUUCUGGUCCAGCUGGUGAAGAUGGACUGCUUGGUGCUCCUGGCAUUAAAGGUUCACAGGGUUACGAAGGUCAACGGGGCUUACCUGGUAAUCCAGGUAUUCCUGGAUCAAAGGGAGAUGUUGGAUUCCCAGGUUUAGUCGGCCUGCCUGGUAUCCCUGGCCCCAAUCCUAUGAAAGGCGAACCUGGCAUGCCAGGUAUACCGGGACGACCUGGUCUGGCUGGGCGAUCUGGUCAGAAAGGUGCUCCAGGCAAUUACGGCCCGAACGGUCCCGUCGGAAUCGAAGGUUUGCCUGGAGUCACAUUCAAAGGCCAAAAAGGUUUACCAGGGUCCAAGGGUUUCCAAGGUACCCCAGGCCGUGACGGACAAGUUGGACUACCAGGUAUCGACGGUCUUGCAGGAAGACAAGGCUUUAAAGGCGAACGUGGCUCCCAAGGACAAACCGGUAUCAGAAUCAAAGGAGCAAGUGGAGACACUGGAUUUGAUGGUCUACCAGGACUAUCGGGUUUUAAGGGCAUGCAAGGCGAUGCUGGCCGCAACGGUCAAAUCGGUCAACCGGGUCGAAAUGGUUCAAGAGGCAUUGACGGUGAUGCUGGAUAUGCUGGACUUCCAGGAUUUCCUGGACUCAAGGGCAUGAUUGGAGAUUCUGGACCUCCUGGAUUCCCAGCAGAAAAGGGACAGCGAGGUGACGUUGGACCUCCCGGUCUUCCAGGAAUGUCUGGAGCGAGAGGCCAAAUCGGUCUUCCAGGCCUAGAGGGGCUCAAGGGAAUGGCGGGAGAUAUUGGCAUGGAAGGAUUUCCUGGAUUGCCCGGCUUGAGAGGUCCCAUUGGUUUCCGUGGAGAUGACGGCUUGGAGGGCGCUGUUGGGCUUCCGGGACAACAAGGACAAAAAGGUUUAGUCGGUGAGGCUGCUCCUCCUCCACCGCCUCCUAAAUCACGAGGAUUUUUCUAUACUCGCCAUUCGCAGAGCACCAGAGUACCUGGAUGUCCUGUUGGCUCCCAAGAAAUGUGGACUGGCUACUCUUUACUACAUCUCACCGGCGACUCUAAGGCACAUGGGCAGGACUUGGGUGCACCAGGAAGCUGUAUGCCGCGAUUUAGCACCAUGCCAUUCCUUUUCUGUAAUUUGAAUAACGUUUGCAACUACGCCAGCCGCAAUGAUUAUUCUUACUGGCUGUCAACGCCCGAACCCAUGCCUAUGAUGAUGAAUCCUAUUACUGGAAAUGAGCUGACUCGAUUUGUUUCCAGAUGCUCGGUGUGUGAAACUCCUACGCAUGUCAUUGCAGUACACAGUCAGAGUAUGGACAUUCCCGAUUGCCCUGCCGGAUGGCAGGAACUGUGGAUCGGUUUCAGUUUCCUCAUGCACACCGAUUCUGGAGCUCAAGGAAGUGGCCAAUCCUUAGUGUCACCGGGAUCAUGUUUGGAGGACUUCCGUCCGACGCCAUUUAUCGAGUGCCAGGGACAUGGCCGUUGCAACUACUAUGCUACAGCGACGUCUUAUUGGAUGUCUACCGUCGAAGAGGAUAGACAAUUUGCCAAGCCUGUACCCCAAACGUUGAAAGCGGGCGAUUUGACAUCACGCAUUUCUCGUUGCGCUGUUUGCCAACGGAAAUUUAAUCAAGCACCAAACUCGAGAGCACCACCAGCUAAUUUUAGUUCUUCACGAUCUGUGCGGUCCGGUAGAUUCGCAUCGUCAUCCUAGCUUCGAAAAUAUAAAUUUGUUAAGAAUAUGAAGGAAACUUGAUUCAGUUUAGUCUUCUUCCAAAGUCAGCAGAACCUUUUUCCGCGAAACGUUGGUACGGAAUUACCUGUGCACCUGCCAUCGUUUCUUUUUUUUUAAGCUCUCCAAAAUUACUUGACGUUGCAAAUGUAGCACAUAACUAGUAGAUAGCGACACUUUCUCAUUUAUGAUGUACAGACGGGGACUAUGAGUGCUUUCCUACCGGUCUAUGCUUUGUCAAUCUCAAUCCGUAGAUCUUCAACCGCCUUUUUUUUUUUUCCUUUUAAAAUCUGUAAUAAAUUCACGAGCGCGUGUGUGCGCUCAAAUUUUCGGAACUUAUCACUGCCGUUUGUUAAAAAAAAUAACACAUUAUUUUUCCAGUCGAUUAUGGCGACCUCUUCCGAAUUUCUUUUCCUUGCAUCGGGGCUUUUCUUUUCCUUCAUUUUUAUGUACUGCUUCUCAUAAAUUUAUAAAUGAUUUUUUCAAAUUGAUUUUCCAGCUUCUCUUGAGGUUAAUCGACAAAGAGCUACGCCGUUAUACCCAUUUCUUGGACGAAAUUAUCUCUUUUUUUUUUCAAGCCAGCAAAUACACUUUGACAUUAAAACCGUC